AUGGUGUAUGUCGAUGAACCAAUUGGCACCGGGUUCAGUUACUCGAGUCAAGACUUUUCAUUCAACUUGGACAAUGUCUCUGAUUACUGUUGGGAGUUUUUGGUCAACUAUUUCACGGUGUUCCCCGAGGAUUUGGACAAUGACAUAUACUUAGCUGGGGAGUCGUAUGCUGGUCAAUAUAUCCCUGAUUUUGCUCAUGCCAUUGCCACAAGAAAUCUGAAACUUGCCAAAGGUCAAAAAGCGUACAAUUCGAAACGCUUGUUGAUUGGUAAUGGGUCUGUUGAAUAA